AAGUUCUUCAAUGUCAUUAUUUCAAGAUUAUUAAAUGGUGAAUGCAUCUAAGAGUUAGACAGGCGCGUGUAAUGACGCUCCUUUGUCAUGCUUACGCAGAAGAAUCUGAUCCCCUGAUCCCUCUUCUUCUCCGUUUCCCCCACAUAUAAAAUGCGUCUGACUGUACCCCUGAUCCCUCGUUUCUAGCUUCCAGGAAUGAUUAUCAAGAUAAACAAUCAAUCAUUUAAUCACGAAAAUAGCAGAGACCUACAAAGUUUUUGUCUUUAAGCAUAAAGCAUUCUCACUCUGCCAGCCGAAGCUGCUUGGAAACAAACCAUGAGUCUGGCAUGUCUGGUGUGCCAUAGUGUUGAAAGUCCAUCGCACUCUUUUAGGAGUUACUCUGUUUCAAGUUCAGAUAACGAAGGGAGAUGUUCUACCAUCGCAAGUUGCCUAACUCGGAAACUGUCUCUUCCAGCUCCAAGAUCAAAUUCUUGUAUAACAACAUCAACCUCCAAAGUGACACCACAACCAAACAUUCAGAGCAGCAGUGUCUCAGGUGCUCCACGGCUAGUACGCAGCCAUGCUGUAAGAAGGGAUCUUGUGCGAGACUGGAAUUUUGAUGAAGCUGUAAUGGAGAGCUAGUUUGUGAAUUUAGAGGUAGGAGAGAAUAGGGCUAUGUUUGGUGGGAUAGGAUUAGCAUUGCACUUUGAUCUUGCCUUUUACUACUUGAUACUUCUAUUUUGUUCUUGGUGCAGUUAAAACUAUGAAGAGUAUGAGCAUUUGUAGCCACAUCUAUGGCGAAUGAAUUGAAUGUGACAAGUUGUUCAUAUUUCACUCUGUUUUGGUUUUCUUUACCUGAUCGAAAA